AUGAAGCACUCUAGCGCAGAGACACGCAAACCAUACAGCGGCUUAUCUCGAUCACUCGUAAUAGCAAUCGACGUCGGGACCACAUUCAGCGGGGUAUCCUAUGCCAUUCUAGAACCAGGAGAGAUCCCGAAAAUACACGGUGUUACCCGAUUCCCAGGUCAAGAACAUGUAGCAGGAAACUCAAAGAUCCCCUCCAUCAUCUAUUACGACAAGAGCGGGAAACUCAUGGCCGCAGGCGCAGAAGCAGAGAGCAACUCUAUCCUAGCACAAGCAGAAGACGAACAAUGGAUCAAAGCAGAACUCUUCAAACUCCGUCUCCGCCCCCGCACAAUGCAACUAAACAUGAACGGCAUGCGCCUCUCCCCUCUCCCAAAGCGCAAAACAGCAGUGCACGUCUUCGGCGACUUUCUCGCCUACCUCUACCGCUGCACCCGCAUCUUCAUAACAGACACACACGCCAACGGCGCUGCACUCUGGAACGCAGUGGAGAACGACAUCCAAUUUGUGCUGUCCCAUCCGAACGGCUGGGAAGGCGCACAACAGACAAAGAUGCGGAGGGCGGCGGUGUAUGGGGCUUUGAUACCUGAUACGAAUGAGGGCAAGGCGAGGAUUAGGUUUGUUACGGAGGGAGAGGCGAGUUUGCAUGCGUGUGUUUUGAAUGGGCUUGCGGCGGAUGUUCUUUCUAACCCAUCGAAACACGGAUUCUUGAUCGCUGAUGCCGGAGGAGGCACCCUGGACAUCAGCUCAUACGCUAUUCGAGGCACAGCGCCACUUGUAAUGGAGGAAAUCGCUCCUCCCGAUUGUAUUUUUGCAGGUUCUGUAUUUAAAUUAAAAAACUCGAAAUACGGCACCCCAGACGCCGUAGAACACAUCACGCGCAAGUUUGACGAGACGACGAAGAGGCUGUUUAGGGAUCGGAAGGAGUUGCAGUUUAUUCCGUUUGGGUCGCCCCUUGAUAAGGAUUUGAGUGUGGGUAUUCGAGGUGGGCAGUUGAAGUUGACUGGGAAUGAAGACGCCGCCGUCACAGCUAUCAAAGCCCAAAUCGACGCUUCCAACGGUACAAUCAAGUCGGUUUUCUUGGUAGGAGGCUACGCUGCGUCUCCUUGGUUGUUCACAUCCAAAGCAGUAGCAGACGGCGCGAUCGGGUUCUACUGCGACCACCACGUCGCGGCGCGCAUGUCCAAAUUCAUGUAUGGCGUCGAGUUUUUGAGGGAGCUGGACACGCAGGAUCCGGAACAUGUUGCGAGGAAGGAGAGGCUUUGUGAGCUUCCGAGUGGGCCGAAGCUGUUGCCUGAUGCGUUUGAUUGUAUUUUGUCGAGGAGUGUAAAAGUGAAAGAAUCAACGGUGUUCACGCGAAAGUAUUGUACGGAGCUCACGAAUUUGUCUAUGCUCUCCGUGUUUGAGGUGGAGAUUUGGUGUUAUAGAGGCGGGAAUGUCGUUCCUAAAUGGAUUGAGAGGCAGGCUGAUGAUUUUUCGACACUCGGAAGUGCAGAGCCCAAGAAGGGAAGGGGUGGAAAGACGUAUUGGACCAUUGUGUUUUCUGUUGAGAUUCAUUUUGGGUUGACGGAGUUCAAGGCGAGGAUCAAGUGGAUGGAUAAUGGAACCACGAAAUAUGGCCCAGCAGCGAUAGUAUACAACGAACGCGGGCACAGGGCAGAAGAAGACGAACCAGACACCUACCCAGAGGACGACGUCUCCUCUUCGUACAACAACACACCACGCUCAGAGCGGCUGCGUUCAGAGCCUCCCUCUCGUGCACGCACACCUACAGACUCGUACAACUCCGAGCGAGAGGGCAGUAUCAGACGCGGACGGGAGACACCCGUUUCUGCUAUACCAGAGAUAGUCCGUGUAGAACGCUCAUUGUCGUCCAAGGGCCCAAGCGGCAUUUCUUCACCUUCUGUGCACUCGCGCGCCCCUGCGCAUUCUUUGAAGAGCAGUGAUGGGGAUAGAACGGGGAGUGAAUCGGAUAGGAAGAGGGCGGCGUUGGAUAAGGGGAAAGAACGGGAGAGGGACUGGGACAGGGAUUAUGAUAGGACACCUGUUUCCAGGGCUGUCUCGAGGAGUAACUCGAUCGCUGUGCCGAAGCCUGGUGGGGGAUUGGAGGGAUAUGCGAAUGGACAUGGAUCGUCUAGGCCUGUGACUCCUGCGACUGCAACUGCCGCGUCAAUAUCAAUGUCUCGAGCUUCGUCUCAGAGAGGCAGGGAUCGUGCAGUAGGAGCAGCAGAGGUACUACCACCCGUCGAGCAAGCUCCUCCUGCAACUUGGGAAGCUCCACCUAGAUCUGCGAUUGGUGAUCAACAUCAAGCGCGCUCAUCCCCCCUUUUCGACCGACUCAAGUCCCCCUUGGAUUCAACAGCAGCAGACUCGACUGCCAUCUUUGGUGCACCCCCACCCGCGGAAGAACUCCCUCCCGCUGGGUCCAUGUCCUUGACGCCCUCUGGAGAAGGACAUAAAUCCAUUUUUGGCACUCCACGAUCCGCGUUUGGAGAUACCUCCAAGUCGAUGUUUGGUACCCCCAAGUCUGCGUUUGGAGACAACGCUUCGAGGUCGAUAUUCGGUGAUAGUGCUGGCGCGCCUAAAUCGAUAUUCGAUGAGCCUUUGACGUCUGUGGUUGGGGAGACUAGUACGACUGUUGUUGCUCCUGCUUUGUUUGAUGAGAAUCCUGCGGCGUUGACGGGAGAGCAACAACCUUGGGAAGAUCCUGCUUCUGCUGCACCCAUUGUUGAGUCACCCACUAUUACUACGAAGGGGAAGAAGAAGAAAAGCUCUGCGGCUGCGUCUAGGAACUCACCUGCUACCCUCGCCAGUAAAUCCCCCUUCGCGCAGGCUUCUGAACCGCUCGUUGUCGAUCCCCCAGCUCCAGCUGACAUCGCUGCUGCUCUCAACUCGCCUUCUCUUGCCUCUGCUCUUCUUGGGUCUGGACCUAGGGCUGCUGGGUCCCCCAUGCUGUUGAGCCCUUUGAAUCCUGCUGCGCAGGAGGUGGCUGCAGAGAGUUUUGCGCAAGACAAUUGGGGGGCAACGGCGUCGCCUAAGGUCUCAACGCCCGCCGUGCCUACUACACCCGUUGCGGCUGCUACUACACCUGCCGUCGAGGAAGCGCCCCUUACACCGGCUGAUGAGACUGUCAAGGAGGUUGGUGGUAUAGGGAAGGGCAAGAAGAAGAAGAAAGGGUCGGCGGCGACUACUCCUGCAGCUACUACACCUUCAGCUAGGUUGGCUGCGCUGGAAGCUGAGGAAAUGGCUGAGGAGGAGAGGAAGAAAAAGGAGAAGGAGGAAGCAGAGGAGAAAGCUAGGAAGGAGAAAGAGGAUGCGGAUAAAGCUGAGGAAGCUAGGAAGAAGAAGGAAGCUGAGGAGGCUGCAGCUGAGGAGGCUAGGCAGAAGAAGGAAGCUGCAGCUGAGGAGGCCAGGAAGAAGAAGGAAGCUGCAGCUGAGGAGGCUAGGAAGAAGAAGGAAGCUGCAGCUGAGGAGGCCAGGAAGAAGAAGGAAGCUGCAGCUGAAGAAGCUCGGAAGAAGGAGGAAGCUGAGGCAGCCAGGAAGAAGGAGAAAGAGGAUGCUGCUGCCGCUGCCGAGGCAGCCAAAAUCGAGAAAAAGAAGGCAGAUGCUGCUGCCGCUGCUGAGGCAGCAAGAAUUGAGAAGGAGAAAGCAGAUGCUGAGGCGGCAAGAAUCGAGAAGGAGAAGGCAGAUGCUGAGGCUGCUAGGAUUAAGAAGGAGAAAGCGGAUGCGGCUGAGGCGGAGAGGAAAAAGAAAGAGGCAGAUGAUGCUGCUGAAGCAGCUAGGGUUGCGAAUGAGGCAGAGGAGGCAGCAAGGAAAGAGCAAGAGGCGAAAGACAAAGCAGCAGCAGAAGCGAAAGCUGCCGAAUUGUUCAACUUCGACACAGGCGCAGAUACUGCCCAAACUUCCGUCUUUGGUGGAAGUGGUGGCGGCGGUUUGUUCUCUACCUCUUUGUCAGCUCCAGCAUGGGAUGACGAUAACAUGGGCUGGGGGACCACGACUACGGCGAAGAAGGGCAAGAAAUCCAAGGGAAACACUCCAGCAGCAACGACUCCAGCAGCUACCACCCCCUCCAAGUUGUCAUCUUUUGGAUGGGGAGGAGGAGCAUUUGAGGGUUCAUCAGUGUUCGCUGAUACGCCUGCGGACAAUACGGACACGGCGGGUGGCUCUGUGUUCGACAACAUCGAUUUCAACUCUGGAUCGUUUGGGGCUGGUCUUGGUGCAUCAUUGGGCGCAAUCGGAGGCGGCACUCAAGAGACUGGAGAGGCCAAGCCUGCCAAUGGAUCCGGGGAAGCGACACCCAUACCACCACCUGUUGCUGCUACUAUCGAGGAAGCCCCUGCUGCGGAAGAAAAUGCUGAUCCUGAUGCUGUUGGGGAUACUGAGGAGGUUACCAGCCCCACAGGCGAAGGGGAUGGUGGGGUUGAAGGAGAGGGUGCUCAAGGACAGGAGGAGGACGAGUGGAGCGGCCUUCCAGUGACUAGCAAGAAGAAGAAGGGCAAGAAGGGCAAGAACAACCAGGAUCCUGCCCCUGCCGAGGACAAGACUGAAGGUGAAACGACCACUGCGAAGGAACCGGAGGCCAUGGUAGGGGGUGCAAAGAAGAAGAAGAAGGGAAAGAAUUACCCCUACUAUCGUAACGACUUCCAGCUGAAGGACCCUGCGAGCCUAAAGACCAAGUUCAGAGACCGACGUGCACAAGGCACGGUUUCGGUUUCGGUCAUUUGGAAGCGAUCCCUGUACUUGUUCUCAACCAUGACCACCUUCUGGCAUUGCGCCAUCAAGUCAACAAGAGACUUUGCAGCUGGAAAGUACUAUCAAGCUCACCAUGACCACGUUCAAGGUUUGAUCUUUCCUCUCGUCCUGGCACGAAACCUGCUCGACCAAACUUUGGGGGAUAAAUUCCCAUCUACGAGCCUACAGGCCCAAUUACAACAGGGGCAAUCAUACAAUAUUCGCAAAGGCCUCCUGUAUAUUGUCGCCUGGACUUCACGCGCUUCCUCAAGCCAACCUACGCGUGCAGUUAACAGAAAAGAAGCCCGAACGAUGGUGUAUGUCGCGCCAAAUCCCUCCAUUCCCGGGCAUCUUCUGGACAUAUUUAAGAAGUUCAGAUCCAAAUUCAACAUCAUGCAAAAGUUGUCGACUGUCCCGUCCUCAAAGAAGCAGGGCACCUCUUGA